AGCUUCUGGAGCAGGUACAGAAGGAAAAAAUAAGAAAUAAGAGAUUCAAAAUAUUUACAAGAAGAUGGAAAGGAGGAUCCUACAGUUGGGAACAAACUAGAGAAUCUUCUGAACCUGCCAGGAUCUGGAGACUCUCCAGGCAUGAUGGACCACUCUGUCUUGUAUUUUAUCUUGCUGAGUGGUCUGAUUGACAAGAGCCAAGCCUGUUUCUGUGAUCACUACCCAUGGACUCAGUGGUCCAGCUGCUCAAAAACCUGUAAUUCUGGAACCCAGACCAGACAGAGACAAAUUACUAUAAAUCAGUACUAUCUUGACAACUUUUGUGACCGGCUUUGCACCAAGCAGGAGACCAGAGAAUGUAACUGGCAAACUUGUCCUAUCAAUUGCCUCCUGGGAGAUUAUGGACCAUGGUCAGAUUGUGACCCUUGUGUUGAAAAACAGUUUAAGGUUAGGUCCAUCUUGCACCCCAAUCAGUUUGGAGGACAACCAUGUACUGAGCCACUCAUGACCUUUCGACCAUGUAUUCCAUCUAAACUCUGCAAAAUUGAAGAGGUUGACUGCAAGAAUAAAUUCCGCUGUGACAGUGGUCGCUGCAUUGCCAGCAAGUUGGAAUGCAAUGGAGAAAAUGAUUGUGGAGACAAUUAUGAGAGGAAUUGUGGGAGAACAAAAGCAGUAUGCUCACGGAAGUAUAAUCCCAUCCCUAGUGUACAGUUGAUGGGCGCUGGGUUUCAUAUUCUGGCAGGAGAGCCCAGAGGAGAAGUCCUAGGUAAUUCUUUCACUGGAGGAAUAUGUAAAACCGUCAAAAGCAGUAAAGCCAGUAAUCCAUUUCGUGUUCCAGCCAAUCUAGAAAACGUCUUUGAGGUACAAACUAAAGAAGAUGAUUUUGAAACAGAUUUCUAUGAGGAUUUAAUUCCUCUUGAAAAUAGUAAAGAUCAACAAGCCACAGGUUUCGGCCAAGAGAAGAGCUCUUUUCAUGUACCAAUUUUUUAUUCCUCAAAGAAAAGCCAAACCAGCAGCCAUAAUUCUGCCUUCAAACAAGCUAUUCAAGCCUCCCACAAAAAGGAUUCCAGUUUUAUUAGGAUCCAUAAAGUGAUAAAAGUCUUAAACUUCACAAUGAAAACUAAAGAUUUGCAGCUUUCUGACGUCUUGAAAGCACUUAACCAUCUGCCUCUAGAAUACAACGCUGCUUUGUACAGCCGGAUAUUUGAUGAUUUUGGGACUCACUAUUUCACCUCUGGCUCCCUGGGAGGCGUGUACGACCUUCUCUAUCAGUUUAGCAAUGAGGAACUGAAGAACUCAGGUUUAACACAGGAAGAAGCCAAAAACUGUAUCCGGAUUGAAACAAAGAAACGUUAUUUUAUAGUUACAAAAACAAAGGUGGAACACCGGUGCACCACUAACAGGAUGUCCGAGAAAUACGAAGGUUCCUUUUUGCAAGGAUCAGAGAAAUCCAUAUCCCUGGUUAAAGGUGGAAGAAGUGAGUAUGCAGCGGCUUUGGCAUGGGAGAAAGGGAGUUCUGGCCCAGGAGAGAAGACAUAUUCUGAGUGGUUGGAAUCAGUGAAGGAAAAUCCUGCUGUGAUUGACUUUGAGCUUGCUCCCAUCACAUUGGUAAGAAACAUCCCCUGUGCGGUGACAAGACGGAACAACCUCAGGAGAGCUUUCCGAGAAUACGCAGCCAAAUUUGACCCUUGCCAGUGUGCUCCGUGCCCCAACAACGGCCGCCCUGUGCUCUCAGGGACCGAAUGUCUAUGUGUGUGCCAGAGCGGCACCUACGGUGACAACUGUGAGAGGCGUGCCCCGGAUUACAAAUCUAAUGCCGUAGAUGGGAACUGGGGCUGCUGGUCUUCCUGGAGCACAUGUGACGCUACGUACAAGAGAUCAAGGACCCGAGAAUGCAACAACCCUGCCCCCCGGCAAGGAGGGAAACCCUGCGGGGAGAGGCGGCAGGAGGAACACUGCACAUUCUCCAUAAUGCAGAACACUGGACAGCCAUGCAUCGGUGAUGAUGAGGACAUGAAAGAAAUAGACCUUCCUGAAAUAGAAUCAGAUUCAGGGUGUCCUCAACCAGUCCCUCCAGAAAAUGGAUUUAUUCGGAAUGAAAAGACACUGUAUUCAGUUGGGGAAGAUGUUGAAAUUGUAUGCCUUACUGGAUUCAAAACUGUUGGCUACCAGUACUUCAGAUGCUUACCUGACAGAACCUGGAGGCGAGGAGAUGUGGAAUGCCAGCGGACUGACUGCCUCUUGCCAGUGGUGCCAGAAGUACUGAAACUGUCACCAUUUCAGAGAUUGUAUAAAAUUGGUGACUCCAUUGAGCUAAGCUGUCCCAAAGGCUUUGUCAUUGCUGGGCCAUCGAGGUACACAUGCAGUGGGGAUUCCUGGACACCACCCAUCUCAAGCUCACUCACCUGUGAACAAGAUUUUCUGACACGCUUAAAGGGCCAUUGUCAACCAGGACAAAAACAGUUGGGAUCUGAAUGUGUUUGCCUGUCUCCAGAAGAAGACUGCAGCCAUCAUUCAGAAGAUCUCUGUGUGCUUGAUACAGACUCCAAUCAUUACUUUACUUCAUCCGCUUGUAAGUUUUUGGCUGAGAAAUGUUUAAAUAAUCAGCAACUCCAAUUUCUACAUAUUGGUUCGUGCCAAGAUGGUCCACAGUUGGAAUGGGGUCUUGAAAGGAUAAAACUUUCAUCCAGUAGCACAAAGAAUGAAUCCUGUGGCUAUGAUACCUGCUACAGCUGGGAAAAAUGUUCAGCCACCACCUCCAAGUGCAUCUGCCUACUGCCCUUCCAGUGUUUGAAGGGUGGAUACCAACACUACUGCGUCAAAAUGGGAUCAUCAACGACCACAAGAACCAUGAACAUCUGUGAAGUAGGAGCCAUAAGAUGUGCCCUCAGGAAAAUGGAAAUACUUUAUCCUGGGAGAUGUAGGUCUAACUGAAAUCUUGAUAAACAGAUUUACUGUCCAAAAAUAAUCCCUACAGAGAUGCUCUUGUAUAAACAGCAGACUGCCACAUCCAGGAGUUACUAACAUAAAUUCUUUUGUGUUAGUUUCAUGUAAUUAUUCUCCCUGCCUCUUGUGUCUUCUCCUCUAUCCAAUUCUAGUCCACACCCCUAGGUAAUAACUUUCACAUCAGUCUAGUAAAUUAUUCUGUUCAUGUGGCACUAAAAUGAUGGCACUUCUAAUGACCUUAUGAAGUACAAAAACCUUAAUUUUCUUCAAUGAAUCAAUAAACAUAGAAGUCUCGAACUGCUUAUCAAAUACAUUCUUGAAACUGAAA